CAACCAGGUCUUUUAUAGCCCCAGAGUUCCCGUGAUGCCCCACGCGACUGCAAUGAUUGGUUAAGCGUUUUGCUUUUGGGGCGUGGAUGCGCGUCUGAGCAAUCGUGGAUGAGCUGUGAGUGCGCGCGCGUGCGCGGGGCCGCGAACGGGGCCGGCUCGAGCCCGCUGGGCACUCGGGGGCGCGCACGUCGUUCCCCGCCCUCCCGCCGCCGCCCGCCCUCGCUCCCUCGCGCUCCCCUCCCGCUGCCCGCGGUCCUCCGUCGGUUCCGUCGUUAGUCUGCGAUCUCGUCUUAAGCUGCCCAUCUUCGUCUCCGAGCUUGCGACUCGCAGACCGGCGUCCCCGGCGCAAAGAGGCUGGACUCCGAUUCGUUGCCUGAGUCAUGGCUGCCAUUCGGAAGAAACUGGUAAUCGUUGGUGAUGGAGCCUGUGGAAAAACAUGCUUGCUCAUAGUCUUCAGCAAGGACCAGUUCCCAGAGGUGUAUGUGCCCACAGUGUUUGAGAACUAUGUGGCAGAUAUUGAGGUGGAUGGAAAACAGGUAGAGUUGGCUUUGUGGGACACAGCUGGACAAGAAGAUUAUGAUCGCCUGAGGCCCCUCUCCUACCCAGACACCGAUGUUAUCCUGAUGUGUUUUUCCAUCGACAGUCCUGAUAGUUUAGAAAACAUCCCAGAAAAGUGGACUCCGGAAGUCAAGCAUUUCUGUCCCAACGUGCCCAUUAUCCUGGUUGGGAAUAAGAAGGAUCUUCGGAAUGAUGAGCACACAAGGCGGGAGCUAGCCAAGAUGAAGCAGGAACCUGUGAAACCUGAAGAAGGCAGAGAUAUGGCAAACAGGAUUGGCGCUUUUGGGUACAUGGAGUGUUCAGCAAAGACCAAAGAUGGAGUGAGAGAGGUUUUUGAAAUGGCUACGAGAGCUGCUCUGCAAGCUAGACGUGGGAAGAAAAAAUCUGGGUGCCUUGUCUUGUGAAACCUUGCUGCAAGCACAGCCCUUAUGCGGUUCAUUUUGAACAAGUGCUGUUUAUUAAUCUUAGUGUAUGAUUACUGGCCUUUUUCAUUUAUCUAUAAUUUACCUAAGAUUACAAAUCAAAAGUCAUCUUGCUACCAGUAUUUAGAAGCCAACUAUGAUUAUUAAUGAUGUCCAACCUGUCUGGCCCACCAGGGUCCUUUUGACACUGCUCUAACAUCCCUCCUCUGCACUCCCACCUGAUACACCAGGCACUAAUUCAAGGAAUUUCUUAACUUCUUGCUUCUUUCUAGAAAGAGAAACAGUUGGUAACUUUUGUGAAUUAGGCUGUAACUACUUUAUAACUAACAUGUCCUGCCUAUCACCUCAGCUGCAAGGUACUCUGGUGAGUCACCACUUCAGGGCUUUACUUGUUAACAGAUUUUGUUGCCAUAGCUCUGGGGUGGGUGGUUUUUUGAAAAUGGGCUGAACCAGAAAAGCCCAAGUCCAUGCAGCUGUGGCAGUUACAGUUCUGUGGUUUCAUGUUAGUUACCUUAUAGUUACUGUGUAAUUAGUGCCACUUAAUGUAUGUUACCAAAAAUAAAUAUAUCUACCCCAGACUAGAUGUAGUAUUUUUUUGUAUAAUUGGAUUUCCUAAUACUGAUAUUUGUCAUCCCCAAAGAAAGUGUAUUGGUUUUUUAAAAAAGAAAGUGUAUUUGGAAAUAAAGUCAGAUGGAAAAUUCAUUUUUUAAAUUCCCGUUUUGUCACUUUUUCUGAUAAAAGAUGGCCAUCUUACCCCUUUUAGGCCCCACGUAUCUCAGUACCCCUGUCUGGAGCUGGGCUCAGUAGUAAGAAUUGGUUUCAUUCCUGAGGCAAUUAGACACUUUGGAAGGUGGCAUAACCUGUCUCACCUGGACUGCAGCGCCUGGCUCCAAUUCACAGUGCUCUUUUCUCCUCACUGCAUCCAGGUUCCCUCCCAGAGUAGCCACCAGUUCUCAUGGGUGGCACUCAGUCUCUUCCUUCCAGCUGACUAAACUUUUUCUUUCUGUACCAGUUAAUUUUUCCAACUACUAAUAGAAUAAAGGCAGUUUUCUAAA